AAAAAGGAAAAGCGGCUCCUGGGCGGCCGAUGUGCUGGCGAAAUCGAAACUUUUUUUGGGAGGCAAAAACGUUAAAACAGGUCAAACGCUAAAGCUAGAAGGGUAGUUCUUUUUCCACGAGUGGAUUCUGCACUUUUGUGGCACCCGAUUGCGCUGCUUUCCCGAAAGAAUGUGUUUUCGUCUCCGAGGACUUCGGAUGGAGUAGGGCAGUUCAGUGAAUUUCUCCAUGAAUGUACGUCACAAUGAUGAUGACAGACCAGAUUCCGCUGGACUUGGCUCCGCCCCCCCUCCUGAACGGGGAGGUCCCUCUCAUGUCUCACAUGGUUAACGGUGACGCAGCACAACAGUUGGUACAGGUGAUCCUGGUGCAGGUGAACCCGGGAGAGACCUUUACCAUCCGGGCAGAGGACGGCUCACUGCAAUGCAUCCAAGGUCCUGCUGAGGUUCCCAUGAUGUCCCCAAAUGGGUCCAUCCCCCCCAUCCACGUACCCCCCGGAUACAUCUCACAGGUGCUGGAGGAUAACACGGGGGUCCGCCGGGUGGUGGUCACGCCCCAGUCUCCAGAGUGCUACCCUCCCUCCUACUCUCCGGCCCUCUCCCCCACACACCACCUGCCCCCUUACCUUGCUCACCCCCACUUCAUCCCCAACUCUCACUCUUUCUACCCCCCUGUCAGCCCCGGGGACCUGCCCCCCCACCAGUAUUACCAGCACCACCUUCCCCACAUGUACGGCGAUCCAGAAAUCAUCCCGGUUUAUGGGAUGUCGAACUACAUAGGCAGAGAGGAGACGUACAGUAAGCCGCAGCCCAAAAAGAUAAAGGAACAGAGGCAACUGGAACGACAGAACCGACUCAACUCCCCUCCCUCCACUCUGUACAAGGGCAGCCUGGGGCCGGCACACAACGGAUACAGCAACAAAUCACAUGCCCCAGCGCUCGGGUCAGUGGGGUCGGGGGGCGGAAUCUGCAGUCCGGGAGGGAAGAAGCCGGAGAGACGACUCCGCAGCAGUCCACGAAACAGUGAACCAGAGACACACACUCAAGAUCAUGAUUCAGAGGGAAAGCGUGUUCAAGACAUGCUUUGUACAAUCGACAAACCACAGGUCUCCAAUGUGCAGGCGCGGGCUGCACGGCUGUCCUGGGCCCCCCCUGCUGCGCUGGUAAACAGGCACGGCAACGGGAAGCCGCUGUCCUGCUCCUACGAGCUCUCUCUCUCGGAUAAGGGACGGGAUGGAAAGUAUCGCCUCAUAUACAGCGGCGAAGAAUUGGAGUUCCAUCUGAGCGACUUAAGGCCAGCGACGGACUACCACGUACGGGUGUCGGCGAUGUACAACUCGGCUCGGGGCUCGUGUUCAGAGGCCGGCUCGUUCACCACGCACUGCGGCGCCCCCGACGUCCCGCUAACCCCGAAACUCUCCCACCGCACCAAGAGCACCCUCACCCUACAGUGGAAGCCGCCAGGCGACAACGGUUCCAAAAUCACAAACUACCUGCUGGAAUGGGAUGAGGGAAAGAAGAACAGUGUUUUCAGAGAAUGUUAUUUCGGGAGCCAGAAGCACUGUAAGCUGACGAGGCUCUUCCCCGCCUGCGGCUACACAUUCAGAGUGGCUGCGCACAACGACAUCGGGACAAGUGGCUUCAGCACAGAGGUGGUGUUUUACACCAUGGGCACCCUGCCCGCUCUGCCGUUGGCGCCGCGGCUGGUCAGGGCGGGGGUUUCCUGGGUGACCUUGGAGUGGGGGCGCCCCGAGGGCAGUCCGAGCGAGGAGCAGCUCAAGUACACACUCGAGAUCCAGGAGGACAACAGCGGGAUAGACUUUCAUCCAAAGUACACUGGAGAAAACUUGACCUGUACUGUACAAGGACUGAAGAGGAGUACACAGUAUAAAUUCCGGCUCAUAGCAUCAAACAUGGAGGGAAGGAGCAGCCCCAGUGAGGUGUUGGUCUGCACCACCAACCCAGACAAACCGGGCCCUCCAUCCACACCCUUUGUUACCGCGGCAACACCCUACGGAUUUACCGUCACAUGGGAUCCUCCCCAGGACAACGGGGGCUCGGAGGCUCUCACCUACCUGCUGGAGACCUCGGAGGGAGGCUCUGAAGCUAGCCAAUGGGACGUAGCGUACAGUGGUCCAGCAACAGAAUGUGUGUGUGAGCGUCUCGCACCCGGGACCGUCUACAGCCUACGCGUGUGUAGCAUCACCACCGGAGGACACAGCCCGUGCACUGUUAGCGUCCCGGUCCGUACAUUAAGCGUCCCACCGGGUCCCUGCCAGCCGCCAAGGAUUGUGGGUAAACCCAAACACAAGGAAGUGCAGUUAGAAUGGGAACCGCUUUACUCUGAAGGAGUGUGCGAGGAGUGUGUGUUCAGUCUGGAGAUGAGUGAGGUUGACAGCGAGCCAGCGGAGGUGUACCAUGGGUCAGAGCUGCAAUGCACUGUUGGUAGUCUGUUGCCUGGUGCCACAUACAGCUUCCAAUUGCGGGCCGCCAACGAGGCUGGGUUCGGAGAGUACUCUGAGCCGACAGAGGUGACGACUGCAGCGGGCCCUCCUGGCCAGUGCGGGGCGCCGCUCUUCAUUCUCACCAGUAACACCUGCGUCACGCUCAACUGGGAGAGUCCCGAGGGCUCGGGCACAGACAUCUCUGAGUAUCGCUUGGAGUGCGCGAGAGAAGAGGAACCCAUGGAGCUCAUCUACUGUGGAGCUGCCACGCAGUGUGAACUGUCUGACCUCACACCUGCCACAGAUUUCUGCUGCAGGCUACAGGCGGUGAAUCAGGCAGGCGCUGGGCCUUACAGCGACCAGGUGAGUUUCCGGACCCCCGCGACAAACCCCGACCCGAUCACCUCCCUCACCCUCCUGGAGCUGCCGACCCCCCCGGAGUCGGGUCACUCCCCGUCCACCUGCCUCCUCCUCAAGUGGGACGAGCCAAACAGCAACGGGGCGGAAAUCACCUCCUACGUCAUCACCCUGGAAGACCAAACCAUCAGCGUGGAAUCAGGGACGAGUCAGCUGGUCGCAGGCCUGCAGCCGGACAGCGAGUACAGCGUGCACGUCCAGGCCGUGAAUGCCUUCGGCUCCGGUCCCCUGAGUCAACCUCUGCUGGCAAGGACACGCCCCCUGCCUCCAGCCCCGCCUCCUCUCGAAUGCUCAGCGGCCGGCCCUCAGAGCCUGAAGCUGAAGUGGGGGGAAAACGGCAACACGCACACCCGCGCCCUGCUCGCCGAUGACCUGGUCUACACACUACAGAUGGAGGACAAGAACCACAGGUUUGUGACGAUCUACCGCGGCCCCAGCCACACCUACAAGGUCCAGCGAUUGGCUGAGUCGAGCAGCUACAUCUUCAGAAUACAGGCCAUCGGGGAUGCAGGGGAGGGCCCCUUCUCUGACACGCACACCUUCUGCACCACCAAGUCUGUGCCACCUACCCUCAAAGCUCCCAAAGUCCAGCAGCUGGAGGGCAACGUGUGUGAGAUCACAUGGGAGACCAUCACGCCAAUGAGAGGAGACCCUGUGAGCUACGUGCUGCAGGUGCUGGUGGGACGCGAGUCGGAAUACAAACAGGUUUUUAAGGGAGAGGAGGGCACGUUCCAAAUUUCUGGUCUCCAGGGCAACACAGACUAUCGUUUCCGCGUGGGAGCCUGCCGCCGUUGCCAGGAUACGUGCCAGGAGCUCUGCGGGCCACUGAGCCCCUCCUCCUUGUUCACGCUGCGUCGCCAGGAGACGGCAUCGUCGGGGGAGCCGUGCGCCGUGGAGACGGGCAAAGGCGCGGGCCUGAUCUCGAGCGACGAGCGCUUCGCCGCGCUCAUCGUGUGCGUAUUCGCGGGCUUCUCCAUCCUCAUCGCCUGCUUGCUACAGUACUUCUUUAUGAAGUGAGGGAAUUUUAGCUAUAGGAUAGAAAGAGAAAACAAAAUCACAGAGAAACUUUUAAACAUACGUCUAUGAAAGAACCGAACAAAAUCAAAAAGAAACACUUGACGUACUUCUAAAUCGAUCUUCUUUUUUAUAAGUCAAAAUAUCGAUUCUGGCUUUCCUCGCCUUGUUCCUGUCGUCUCCUGCCUUCACUCAGUUUGGUCCCGUUUCCCUUUACGUCUCUGUUGUCGUUGGAAUAUUGUCAUUAUCUCAUCUGCUAAGGAUUUCUGUUGAGGUCUUAGCUGUACCACGGUUGGGAAAGAACUCAUAAUAAAGCCUUAAAAUAGCUUUGAGCAAAGCAGUUGCUCCUCA